AUGGCUAGAGGAAAUCACACUACAGUUACUGAAUUCAUUCUUGUGGGAUUGACAGAUCGUCCAGAGCUUCAGGUCCCUCUUUUUAUGCUUUUUCUAGCAAUAUACUUUGUUACACUGGUAGGGAAUAUUGGAAUGAUUGUUUUAAUCCAGGUCGAUUCCCGACUUCAAACGACUAUGUACUUUUUCCUCAGUAACUUGUCCUUCUUGGACUUAUGUUAUGCCACAGUCUUUGCUCCCAAAAUGUUGGCAAACUACUUCUCAGAGAAAAAAACCAUUUCUUUUGCUGGAUGCUUCACUCAGUGUUUCCUUUUCAUCAUGUACGUAUCCUCUGAGGGCAUCCUGCUGGCUGUCAUGGCGUUCGAUCGCUACGUGGCAAUCUGCAACCCACUGCUUUACAACAUCAUUGUGACCAAGAAGCUCUGUAUCAAUCUUGUGGUUGGGUCCUAUCUCGGAGGAAUUAUAAACUCACUGUCACACACAGGGAGCUUGCUGAGACUGCCUUUCUGCGGUCCCAAUGUUGUGAACCAUUAUUUUUGUGAUGUCCCUCCACUGCUGAAGCUCCCCUGUGCUGAUACCCGCAUUAAUGAGAUCCUCCUUUUCACCCUCUCUGGGAUUCUAGCUAUCAUCACUUUCCUGUUCGUCUUCAUCUCCUACAUUUUCAUCGUGGCUACCAUACUGAGGAUCCCCUCUACUGAGGGGAGACAGAAAGCUUUUUCCACCUGUGCCUCCCAUCUGACAGCCGUGACCUUGUUUUACAGCUCAGUUAGCUUUAGCUACGUCCAGCCGACAUCACUGCAUUCUCUGGAUCAGGAGAAAGUAGUGGCCGUAUUUUACACCUUGGUAAUCCCCAUGUUGAAUCCGCUGAUAUACAGCCUGAGGAACAAAGAUGUGAAGGAGGCCUUGAAAAAAGCCAUGACUUAA